CAGUGGGCUCGUCUGCCAGGGGCCGUCAGUAUCCCUCUUCUAUUUAAGUGCGUAGACAGAAGUGGCAGCAGAUUUGCAGAAGCGGCCCAGACACAAAAUGGACAUCGCCAUCCAUCCCUCGUUCAGGCGCUCCUUAUUUCCAGUCUUCUUUCCCGGCCGGCUCUUAAACCAGCAAUUUGGGGAGCCCAUGACUGAGGCUGAUGUGAUGCCCUCAUUGUACUCCCAACGAUCUUCCUUUCUUCGCAGUCCAAGCUGGAUGGAGAGCGGAGUUUCUGAGGUGAAAAUGGAAAAGGACCAAUUCUCUCUAAAUCUGGAUGUCAAACACUUUGCACCAGAGGAGCUAUCAGUGAAAAUCAUCGGUGAUUUCAUUGAAGUUCACGCUAAACAUGAGGAUCGUCAGGACGGUCAUGGUUUUGUCUCACGGGAGUUUUUGAGAAAAUACCGUGUCCCUGUUGGUGUGGAUCCAGCCUCCAUCACGUCCUCGCUGUCUUCUGACGGUGUGUUGACAGUGACAGCCCCGCGAAAGCUCUCGGAUGGCCCAGAACGCACCAUCGCCAUCCCUGUAACUCGUGACGACAAAACCACCGCCGCUGGCCCUCAGAAAAAAAAGAAACUCAAACAGGUUUGGAACAAGUGGAGGGGGGCGUCGUGACGCUACAGUACGCCGUGUGUCAAAACUCUCUUCAGACCAGUUUCCAAUGAGAGUGGAAUUUGAGUACAAGUCCUCGUUG